AUGAGCCCGAAUAGCUUGGCCUUCGGCUCCCUGUUCCCGCUCCAGGUGACGCUGGGGGUCCUGGGGAACGUCGCCGUCCUCCUGCUCCCGGCGGGCUCCAAGCCCAGACCCGUGGACCUGAUCCUCUCCCACCUGGCCUUGGCCAACGCCGCGAUGCUUCUGACCAAGGGGGUCCCGGAGACCAUGGCGGCCUGGGGGCGGUGCCGCUUCCUGGCCGACGUGGGCUGUAAGAUCCUCCUGUACUGUUUCCGCGUGGGCAGGGGGUUGUCCAUCUGCAGCACCAGCCUCCUGAGCGUCUUCCAGGCGCUGACCCUCAGCCCCGGCGAGCCCCGGUUGGGCCCGCUCAAAGCCAGGGCCCCCGGGGUGGUCCUCCCCUCCUGCUUCACCUUCUGGGCCCUCAACAUGCUGCUGGAGGUCCCCAACCUGGUGUUGGUGACCGGGCCGCCGAACGACACCACCGUCCGCCGCGUGUUCGACGGGGUCUACUGCUCGUCGGUCGGGGCCUCCCCAGGGGUGACCCUGACUAUCACCACGCUGAUCUCCCUGCGCGAUCUGUUCUUCAUCGGGCUCAUGAGCUCGGCCAGCGGCUACAUGGUUCUCCUCCUUCACAGCCACCACCGGCGGGUCCUACACAUCCACGGGGCCGGACGCUCCGCCGGGGCGACGCCCGAGGUCCGGGCGGCCAAGAGGGUGGUCGCCCUGGUCACCCUCUACGUCCUCCUCUACGGGACAAACGUGGUCAUCCUGUCCACUUUACUCCACAGCAAGGAGGCCGAUCCUCUCGUUAGGGAUCUCGGCCAGGUUCUGUCUUUCGCCUUCCCCGCCCUCAGCCCCUUCCUCAUCCUCAGCGUCAACAGGAGACCCUCCCUUUCUCACACCGACGCCAGCUAA